CUUGUAACAAUUGCCAUUAUGGCCAACACACCCCACCUGGAACUGUGGAACUCCAAAGUUAAUUUAUGAGCUGCUACACGUAAAAUAGGCUCUGAAGUAGAGUGGAAUACCCAGUUACCUGUGGCGGCACAUUUCUCACAAGAAAACCACUCUCCCUGCAACCUCACAGCUCUAAUACUCAAAGGGAAUUUACAAAAUACCUUUCACAGAAAAAGUCCAAGAUGAGAUAGCAAGAGUUCUAGGAUCAAAUCCACCGCGAACUGAACAUCGAACUAAGAUGUCCUACACGGAUGCUGUUGUCCAUGAAAUCCAGAGGUUUGCCAAUAUCCUGCCAUUGAAUCUACCUCAUGAAACUACUGUAGACGUCACUCUCAAAGGCUACUUCAUUCCAAAGAAUACCUACAUCAUCCCCUUGCUGGCCUCCGUGCUGCGAGACCAGUCUCAGUGGGAGAAGCCAGAUGUUUUCUAUCCUGAGCAUUUUCUUGACUCUGAAGGAAAAUUUGUAAAGAAGGAGGCCUUCAUGCCUUUCUCAGCAGUCACACAGCCAUUACAACCACUUCUUGGAAACUCAAGCUUGUCCUGGACAACUGCUGUGCAGACCAGAUUUGGAAUGAGAAAAUGUUUUAUACUCUGUGACUCUGGAUUACCUACAAUUGUGACUGCCACAGACAACACGGAGAAGCCUUUGAAUUUGCUUCAAGAAAACCUUACGGAAGCUGAUAGGAAUGCUCAGUCAGACAAAAGGAAGCACUUGCCUGUGUAUGGGCUACAGUAAACUAGAAAACUUGCAUCUGGGGCUAUAGAGUCAAACUGCAUAAAGAUUCCAGCCCCUUCACAACAUACUUAGAACAAAAGGACUUGGACAAACAGGAGAAGCCUGGAAGAUUAUUAAGGUUUACACUAAGACCAGGAAGCAACAAUGUGAAGGUCUAUUGCACAUUUCCGGUGCCCAAUUCCCCAAAAGGUGAUGAUAUAGAGCCGUUUGCACUUCUCCCAGUACCCUGUAUGCAGUUUGUCAGGAAUAAUUCAGAAAUGAUUGCUUACUGCAUGAAUGUCCACCUUCUGAAUGGAGAGUGGUUAUAUGCCAUAUGGCCCACAGGCCCCUGGGAUGAAUGCUGCAUGUGCCACAGGCCCCUCUGCCAUGUGAGUGGCCCCUGUCAUGAAGGGGGCCUGGGCAGCCCAGUUGUCCUUACCUCCCUCCUGGCUACACAUGCAUCACAGACCACCAGCCCCUCCCUUGCUGUAUGGGCAACCCAGCUCUGCUCCUGCCCCUCAGAUGGUGUCCUCCCACUACUGUGCCCCAACCCCAGCAGUUGGGGGCAGGAAGAAAAACCCAAAAGAUAGAGGGGAAGCCUGCAGACCCUGGCUGCCAUAGCAGCAGGAACAACUGGGGAGAGGCAGCAGGGUUAGAUGAGGCCAGUGGGUCACCAGUUGGACAGCUCUAGCUUAGCAGGUCUGAUUCAGCAAAAACCCAUACAUUCUUGACAACAUUACCAAGCCCCUUGGUCUAGGUUUACUCUCAAAUAAAUCUUUAUUAAAUCUUUAUUAAAAUUUGUUUAAAAUGUAUUUACUCUCUAAUAAAUCUUCCCAACAGGA